AUGAUUCUUAAAGAAAAGAAGGACUAUACUCCUGAGGACAUCUCAUCAAUCAGCAAGGAUGCAAAGGUGAAGCACUUGCUGCACAGUGCUCUGGACAGUGCUAUGUCUAAUAGGGUGAUUGGAUGCAAAACUGCAAAAGAAAUAUGGGAUGCUUUGGAAAUCAGAUGUCAAGGAACCAAAGCCAUCAAGAAGAACAGAAGGACCAUACUUACUCAAGAGUAUGAGCAUUUUGAUUCAAAGGCUGGUGAAUCAUUGACUGAUCUAUAUGACAGGUUUGUCAAGCUGCUGAAUGACUUAUCUCUGGUGGAUAAGGAAUAUGACUUGGAAGACUCAAAUCUCAAGUUCCUACUCGCUCUUCCUGAAAAGUGGGAUUUGAAAGUAACCACCAUAAGAGAUAAUCAUGAUCUUGAGGAAAUGUCUCUUGAUGACAUAUUUGGAAGACUGAAAACCUAUGAACUUGAGAUGGAACAGAGGAAUAAAAGACAUGGAGGGAAACCUAAGCCUGUUGCUCUAAAAGUUCAAGGAGAAGCUGCUGUGAAGAACAAAGGGAAAACACAUGUAACAAAGACUGACACUGAGUCAUCAAACUCUGAUGAUGACUCAAACUCUGAUGUUCUCUCAGACUCUGAGGACAGUGAUACUGAGAUGAUGCAAUUGGUAGCAUUGAUGGUUAAAAGCUUCAAGAAGAUGGCUUACAAGAAUUUUAAUAAAGGAAAGAAAUUUUCAAGGAAGGACAGAAACUCUGACAAGAAAGGCUUCAAAAAGAAUGAAGGCAAGGAAGAAAAAUCUGAAAAAGCUGAUAAGUCUAAGUAUACCUGCUUCAACUGUGGUGAAAAGGGACAUUUUGCAACUGAGUGCAAGAAAACCAAGAAUGAAAAGGGACAAGCUUUUAUCACCAAGAAAGGAAGCUGGGCAGACUCAUCAGACUCUGAGGAAGAAGUCAACUAUGCUUUGAUGGCAAACACUGAUAACAGUUCUGAGGUUGUUGAAACUAAAGUACCUCAUUCUACUCUUGCCUUUAACACCGAAGAUAUAACUGAGUUAAGAUUAUUUCUUAAAAACUUGCAUAUCAGUUAUAGAGAUCAGACUUUAGAAAAUGAGAGAUUGAAAUCUGAAGUCAUAGAUGUUAAGAAAAGGAAUGAUUAUCUUGAGAAAGAACUAGUUCAGAUGUUGGAAGUUCAAAAAGAAAGAGAUGACUCUGUUUUCAUUAAGAAUGAAUUGUUAAAGAAAAAUGCUUCUCUUGAAUCAGAACUUACUAAAGAAAAGGAGAUAAUAAGAACAUGGACUAACUCAGGAAAAACCACUCACGAUAUCUUAGGAAGUGGAAAUUGGAAGAAAGGAUUAGGAUAUACAGAUAAAAAUGAAGAUGUCAUUUAA